AAAUCAGAUGCUCAACUGACUGGGCCACCAGGCACCCAUAAUCUCGUUUUUUGAAAAGUUUUUUUCUACUGUUUUACUUCUUUAAGAAAUAUUUAUCAUCACCAUCAUCACCAUUGCAGAUUCCUGUGCUCCAAACCUACUAAAUCAGUCCAUGGACCUGGGUGAAGAAUUUGCUCUUAAAAAAAUCUGCUAGAUUACUGGUCAUGUUCUGUUUCUUGAUCAGGUGCUAAUUACACACAGUGUUUAUUUGUGUGGAAUUCACUGAGUUCUGCCCUUAGAUUAUGUAUACAUUUCUGUAUGUAUGUUACAUUCAAUGAAGAGUUAAAAAGUAAACACUCCCCAGGCUAUUUUUAUAGCACUGAUGGAGAAGCACUGACUUCUCUCUUGCUAUUGAGUUGUAAGCUUUUAGAGGGUAGUGAGGGUAUCUAUGCUGUCUCUGUAUUCCCACCAUCUGUUUUAGUGCCUACAGUAUAGUACACACUUAAUGAAUGACUAGUAAAUAAAUGAAUGAAUGAACAAAGGGAGAGAAGUGGCUUGAGGGUUCCUUCCUCCCUCACUCUUUUCUAAACAUUGUUCCAUGCCCCUGCUGGAGCACGUGAGAGCUCCUACCUCGGAGUUAAACUUCCCAGAUAUAUCUCCCCUGAAUAAUCCUGUGAGAUGCCACCUGACUUCCUCUCUACCCCACAUGCUUGGUGUGACUGAUCCAGGGCACCAGCCUGACAAGGGCGGGAGAAAGGAAGCAGGUGGAGGACGUUCUGUCCCCAGUACCAGUACUUCUGCCCUGCCUGGGUCUGAGCCACCUGGCUCAGGCGUUCCUCAACAUGCCUGGGAAUCAAGCUGGAGAGAGCAUGUCCUUGGAGAUACUGCAUUGCUAAAGCUCCUACUUGCACCUCUGAUAUAAACUGCUUCCUAAAUUACUCAGCUUAAGUUAUGUGGGAAUUUGAAAAUCUUUGAAUAUUUAGGAGUAGCAAUAGAGAUUUUUUAGCACAUUUACAGCAGAAAGUGAGAGACACCCUGGGUGAAAUAUCAUGUAAGUCAUUUAUUCAGUCACAGGUAAUUACCAAAAGUUUCCUAGGGAUACAACGAUGAACAGAGUCAUCUGCCUUAAUGGAGAUCACAGUGUGUGUUUGGGGGGCGGGGUGCCGGGGGAGGGGGUGAGACAAAUACUAAUAUUGAAAGAGGACUUCAACUACCUCUUUCAAUAUUACUAUUUUGACCUCAAACUUAUUUAUUGAUUAAUUUCUUCUUUCCAGCUUAUCUCUUAACCUCAGGCAAAAUACCCUGUGGGCAAAGCAUCCCCUAAUGAGAACCAAAACUACCCACUCAAGCAAUAAGAACCACCCUGAGCCAGCAAGACCCUGCUUGACUGACCCCAAGACAAUGAUCAACCUCACCUUGACUGCCCAGCUGCAUGUACCCACUGAACUUUGCCCCCUGUUUUCCUUAUAUAAACCUGGAAGUACUGUCAGCACUUUUGAGACAGUCUUUGACAUGUUAGUCUGCUUUCUGGUAUUGGCCUCACCGAAAUCAAUUCCUUUCUUGUUUCCCCACUACUUGUCUCUUUGCCUUUUGGAUUUUGUCAGUGGCAAGUAGCUGAACCUGGUCUGUUUGGGACCCUCACAGCCAGGGGCUCCUGCACCCCUGUGCCCUGGCUACAAUAUCUAGAUUUUUCAGAGCAGUUAUGAUGUGCUGGGUGCUUCACACAUAUUAGUUAAUUUCAUCAUUGUAACGACUUAGUUGAUGUCCUAUUAAUAUCCCCACUGACACAUAAGGGAACAGAUGCAUCGUAGAGUUACAAACUGAUAGAGUAAGGAAGAUACGGUGUAGGGAGUAGGAAAACCUGAUCUAGUCCCAAGGGUCAGGGAAAGUUUCUCUAAAUAUAAGAGGUUGAAGCAGAGAUCUGAGGAUUGAGUCCAAAUCUAGUGGACAAAGAGGUCUGGGGGAAGGGGAUUUCAGCCAAUGGAAAUAACAGAUGCAAAGGGAAAAUAAAUUGUUUGAGGCACUGGCAGGCUGCCCUAUAGCAGGAGCACAGGGAGCUGGAGAUGAGGCAGGAGAGGUAGGGGCCACAGCCCCAAGUUUUGUUUUGUUUUUUUCCUCUGUGUCUCAAAUAGUAUGAUAAAGUCAGGGAUAGAAGAUUUAGGAAUUCGCCCUGAUUUUGCUCUUAACAACCUCAGCCAUCUCUCUGUGGCUGUUUCCUUAUCUGGAAAAAUGAGUGGGCAGACCAGAGUUCUCAAGGGCCCCUAUGGUUCCCAAGCUGUGGUUCUGGGUAGGGCGCUCCUGGAAGAAAUUGCCAAUUCAAGGCACAGGCCCUGGCUGCUGCUGAACGCACUGAGGCCCAGGGGCUUGGCAACCCAGUGGCCCAGGCAGCACUUGCUGGCCUCUGAGUCCUCUGUAGGUUAGGUAAAUACAAAUGAUGGAGAACAUCACAUAUAAUAAAUCACACAGUAAAUAUGGCUGUGAACAUGGUUUGUUCCUCUCACUCGACAUGGGUGAACUGCUAAUAAUGUAGUAAAGAUUACCACCUGUUUGAAGCAUUUCCUGUGUGCCAGGAUUGUUCCAGUUACUUUAGAUAGAUUUCUCACAACAGCUCCUUGUUAGAUUCAAAAGCUGAAGCCUCAAGGGAUUACAUAACUUUGGUAAAGUCCUCAGCACCCAAAUUUGCCCUGCCUACGGAGCAUGUCCAGUCCUGUUUCCUAUUGCCAGGUGUGCUCACUUGAGCAAUGACUCUCUCUGGGUUUGCUCAGGUGGCCGAGUUGGAAUCUGAACCCAGCUCAGACUCCAAAGGUUAUGGUGUUGACCACCGGGCCAUACUGCCUUCCCUUCUUAAAACACAGGCAACUCCUUAUUCUAUAAAUAGGAUCACUUUGUCUCUUGAAGUCCUUUCUGGGUGAGGAAAGUGCUUUUUAUAGCUUGGGACUGCUUCUGCUUUCUUGGUCUCUUCCAGCACCUGUUAAUCCUGCAUGCAGCUGUGUCCUUCACUGUCCUUACACUGUAUUCCUAGGUUUCCUCCCUGCAGAAGACAACUCCGGGAAACCACAUGGUGUCUGUAUGUGUGCCAGUAAAGAAAUUUCACUCCCCUCCCUCCCCAAAUCGGCCUACCUUUCUAUAAAUAUUCCCUCUCCUCCCUCCACUCAGGCCUGUGAGUAGUUUGGUCUCUUAACCAAACACACACACACUCACAAAGCAACGAGAGGAGGGGUGUUGGAGGGGACAGCGUGAAUGACCUUGCAAAGGUGUCUAGCUCUCUGGGGACAGGAUUAGCAAACUUGAAACCUCAACAAAUAUUUGUGUGCCUCCGUGUUCCUCCCGAAGCUACCUGCUCCUCUUGCGCCAGCCUCGCUCAGUCCCCUCUCCGCCUCUCCGAGAUACAAAGCUCAACCCGCCCAUCUUUUUGCAAACCCAGAGAACUUCAGUCCCCUAGUUGAAACUCGUCUGUGGCGGUGGCGGGCAGCACUGGGCAUGCUCAGUAGUGGGGACAGGUCUGGAAGGCAAGGAAGCCGCGUUUGAAGUCGCGCGGCCGGGGGAACAGGGGGAGGCGAGCCGUGGGGGCCCCGGCUGGGGGUCCGCGGGGAUCCCCGAUUCCGCGCCCGGAGCUGGCAUGCUCCAGGCUGGCGCGGCGGGGCGGGCGCGCAGGGGGCAGAGCGCGGAGGAGAGGGGGGAGCCGGUGGGAGAAGGGGAGGAGCGCCGGGCUCGCCAUCCCCCGGCGCCGGCUCUGCGGCUGCUGAAUCGGAAACCGCAGGGAGGAUCCGGGGAAAUAAAGACGCCCGAGAAUGACCUCCAGCGAGGCUGCCUGAGCCGGGGCCCGCGCGCCGCCGCACCAGCCUCCGGCAUGGGCGACCGGGGCGGGCGGCCCGAGCACUCGGCCACGCACGCUCCGGGGCCCCCCGCCGACACCGGAGCUGCCGCCGUAAACGGGCUGCUGCACAACGGCUUCCACCCGCCGCCAGUCCAGCCGCUGCUCCUCUGCAGCCGGGGCCCCGCGGGCGGUGGCGACGCGGCACCCCCGCGCCUCCAGCUCUUGCCCGAGCUUCAGCCGCAGCCACCGCCCCCUCAGCACGACUCCCCCGCCAAGAAAUGCCGGCUGCGGAGGAGGAUGGACUCCGGAAGGAAGAACAGGCCGCCCUUCCCGUGGUUUGGGAUGGACAUCGGUGGAACGCUGGUUAAAUUGGUCUACUUUGAGCCAAAGGAUAUUACAGCCGAAGAGGAGCAAGAGGAGGUAGAGAACCUGAAGAGCAUCAGAAAGUAUUUGACUUCUAAUACGGCUUAUGGGAAAACCGGGAUCCGAGACGUCCAUCUAGAACUGAAAAAUCUGACCAUGUGUGGGCGCAAAGGGAACCUGCACUUCAUCCGCUUCCCCAGCUGUGCUAUGCACAGGUUCAUUCAGAUGGGCAGCGAGAAGAACUUCUCCAGCCUCCACACCACGCUCUGUGCCACGGGAGGUGGGGCUUUCAAGUUCGAAAAGGACUUCAGAAUGAUUGCUGACCUGCAGCUCCAUAAACUGGAUGAACUGGACUGUCUGAUUCAGGGCCUGCUUUACGUCGACUCCAUUGGCUUCAAUGGCAAGCCAGAAUGUUACUAUUUUGAAAAUCCCACAAAUCCUGAAUUGUGUCAAAAAAAGCCGUACUGCCUUGAUAACCCAUACCCUAUGUUGCUGGUGAACAUGGGCUCGGGUGUCAGCAUCCUAGCAGUGUACUCCAAGGACAACUAUAAAAGAGUUACAGGGACCAGUCUUGGAGGUGGAACAUUCCUAGGCCUAUGUUGCUUGCUGACUGGUUGUGAGACCUUUGAAGAAGCUCUGGAAAUGGCAGCUAAAGGCGACAGCACCAAUGUUGAUAAGCUGGUGAAGGACAUUUACGGAGGAGACUAUGAACGAUUUGGCCUUCAAGGAUCCGCUGUAGCAUCAAGCUUUGGCAACAUGAUGAGUAAGGAAAAGCGAGAUUCCAUCAGCAAGGAAGACCUCGCCCGAGCCACACUGGUCACCAUCACCAACAACAUUGGCUCCAUUGCUCGGAUGUGUGCGUUGAAUGAGAAUAUUGACAGAGUUGUGUUUGUUGGGAAUUUUCUCAGAAUCAAUAUGAUCUCCAUGAAACUGCUAGCAUAUGCAAUGGAUUUUUGGUCCAAAGGACAGCUAAAAGCUCUGUUUUUGGAACACGAGGGUUAUUUCGGAGCUGUUGGGGCACUGCUGGAACUGUUCAAGAUGACUGAUGACCAGUAGUGAUGACAGUGGAUAGAAGAGCCUUCUGUGAGAACAGAGACCUGAGACCUGUCGCUGGAGAAGGUAGAUGUCGCUAUGGGACGGAAGCCAAGCCAUUAUGGCAGAUGAACCUGCUGGAUUUGUAAAUAAUUUAAAAUCCUUCUAGCUGAUCUUUUACUCUUGGGUUUUGAGCUUAUGAUUCAAAAUGGGGAAUACAAGAGUUUUUUCUGUAUACUGUAUUUUUAAAACACACACACACACACACACACACACACACACACACAUUUGUGCAGAGAGGCCAAACCUAUGAAUUUUAUCCAUUAACCUUGAAAAGUUGUAUGAGGUUUAAGAAGGACCCGAAGUGUAAGUGCUGUUUAUUUUUCUUCUGGGGUUUACUGAUCAGUGUGGUAAUUUUAACUUCAUUUAGUAAUUACUCUAGGAGAUCUUACCUUUACUUAUAUUCAUCAUGACGUUUCAUGAUUUGCUGUUGGUUUCAAAUGAAACUACAAAUCUGGCAUGCUUUACUGUGAACACUAUUUUGUUUGUUUGUUUCUUUACCUUUUUUUUUUUUGUCUUGUUUUUUUCUGUUUGAAUGUCUUAUGGAGAAAGAGAGUCCUUCUCCCUGUUUCUGUCGUCAGAUGACUCCCUCUCCUCUCCAAUACCUUUCUUUACUGUAAUUGUUUGUACCAAUGAAGGGGCUGAUCAGCUCACUAAGAGUGAAGCACGAGAUCGAAAGCGUUCAUGAAUUUUAUGAGUCAGGCAAAAGUUGAAAAUGAUAUACAAUGAAUAUACAGUGUUUUGUUGGAUUUACUUUACGUUAGGUUAUAUUAAAUUGUGUUCUCUGAUGAACUGUCCUCAUUCAUACCCACCAUAUGAGUGGCAGCAAAUCCUUAUGCAGGACAUUGGAACUUCCUGGGUGAAGUCUCCCAGUAGAUUAACCGUUCACAUUGGGAGAUGGGGGAGAAGUCAUGGGUUGACGUGUCAGGUAAUCACACCUAUUUGUUUUGUACACGUAUGUACAUAGGAGCUUUGUAACAAGCCAUCUUAAAUAAUAAUUUUUUGAUUUGAAGUAUUUCAAACUGAAGACUGCAUUUCAAUCUCAGUUUCUAAUAUUAAAAAAAUCAUGGUACUGAUCUAUCUAUACAUAUUUUUUUUCUUUUUUGAAAGAUGUCAUUGGCACCAAUGGGUAACUUUCAAAUGAGAGUCUUGUACAAAUAUUGAAACGCAUGAGGUCUAAUGACUUAGAACUGAUUAAUCCUUUGAACUGAGCAUAUUGUUGAAAGGGAUCUUUGCAGGCACUAUGAUUACUCCGUGGUGAAUCUUUCCUUCUCUGCCUUCUGAGCACCGUCUUUAAUUGCCAUAUCUUCACGUCUUGGAGAACUCGAUGUUAACUGAAGUAUUCACUUGUCUGGUUGAAAUAAAGCCUGUUUCUGUUGUGA